CCCGCAAACUCUUGCCGGCCAAGCACGCGAACAUGGCGGAUCCGAUUGACAGCGCCCUCGACCUCCUCCGCCGCCUGGACCCCAAGGACGUCAAGCGCAAUGUCGACCACAUUAUCCAGCUCAACCCCUCGCUCGAGGAGGACCUGCUCGAGUCGGUCGACAUCCCGCUGACGGUCAAGAAGUGCUCAAAGACGAAGCGCGACUUUCUGUGCUGCGACUACAACCGCGACGGCGACAGCUGGAGGAGUCCGUGGAGCAACGAGUUCGAGCCGCCCAUCGACGAGGGCGUCACGCCUAGUGAUCGUGUGCGCAAGAUGGAGGUCAAGGCCAACGAGGCUUUUGACGUGUAUCGGGAGCUGUACUUUGAGGGCGGCAUAUCGAGUGUUUACCUGUGGGACAUGGAUGACGGCUUCGCAGGCUGCGUGCUGCUGAAGAAAGCCGUCAGCCCCACCCCGAAGAGCUCUGGCAGCUGGGACAGCAUCCACGUCUUCGACGCCCAAGACCGCGCGCGAACCUCGCACUACAAGCUCACCUCGACCGUCAUCCUCUCUCUCGGCACCGACAGCGAAUCCCUGGGUGGCCUUGACCUCUCCGGCAACAUGGUGCGUCAGGUCGAGGCUGACAUGGCCGUCGAGGACGACACCUCGCACGUUGCCAACAUUGGCAAGAUGGUCGAAGAUAUGGAGCUCAAGAUGCGAAACCUGCUACAAGAGGUCUACUUUGGCAAGGCCAAGGACGUCGUCGGAGACCUGCGGAGUCUCCAGUCGCUCAGUCAGGCCAACAAGGACCGCGCCACGCAGAGGGAGAUGAUCAACAGCAUGGGCAGAUAGGCACAUUGCAGCACACAGCGGUAGGCGGCGCAGAGGCGCGACAUGAUAUAGAUGGCAUGGAAUUAACAGUGACUUCAGCAGCGGAACUCUUGCCAAACACAUGAGUGCUACGAGGGGGCUAAUCCUGUUAGCAACGAAUUGACUUGUCAAGGUCCGUGUAUGUUUGUCUUUUCUGUGGGUAUAUGUCUGUCACUUUCUAUGGGGGGUAUUCUGAUCGAUUUGUGUCAUUGUCCGUAUAUCUCCUAUGGACAAGGGUGGAGUAUGGGAAUACCAAGUAUGGCGCCAGUGAGGUAACAUUGGUUUAGCAAGAGUAGAGGAAUGCAUCCUGCUGAUGGACAUACAUUUAGUCUAUUCGAAAUACAUUAACUAUCAG